AUGACCCAGCCGGAGAAUGAGGACUACGAGCAGUCUGGGACGGAAACCGCGAACUUCACCUUUGUCACCAGCCAAGGCCAAGAUGGCGUCCGCAGUCAUGCCAUGCGCGAGUAUUGGAAACAGCGGCGGCGCAAGUUGAGCGAAAAGAAGGCAAAGGAAGCAGGACACGAGCCACACCUACCUAUCCGGCCGCGGCAAAAGGAGUCUGGCCAUGUUGCUGGCGUCGCUUCAUUACGGUCGCGGUCGCAGUCAUCCUCUACCUCUCCUAGCAAUUCCAGUCCGCCAUCAAGUACGAAGCGCAGCCCUUCGGGCCCGGCGUCCAAGGCGACGCAACCGUCCGUUGCUUUCGGCAGCAUCCAGUCUCAGGCGCUGUCUGGAAUGAAUCGUGCCUUGGAGUCCAGUCGGUUGGAUCCGUUUGACAAGUUUCCUGUCAAAUUAACAGCCCAGCAUCACCGGCUCCUUCACCAUUGGCUGAGCACUUACGCUACCAUGAUGUUCAAUGACCUGCCGAGAAGUUUUAACCCAAUGCGCGACGUCUGGCUACCCCUAGACUUGUCGAAUGCAGCAUCGUUCAAUGCCAUAAUGGCCCAUUCAGCUGCUCAUCUUGCCCGAAAGCAAGGAUUCCGAGCAUCCGCAGAGGCAUUAAAGUUCAAGGCGGAGGCGAUGAGAAUCGUCUCCGUCUGGAUGAAGGACAAGCAUCUCGCUCUGAGCGACGAGGUCUUUGCGGCCGUUUUGCGGCUCCUGACAUACGAGCGAUAUUGGGGAACCGAAGCAGAGUGGAGGAUCCAUCGCGACGGAUUACAGCGCAUGGUAGACGCCAGAGGCGGCAUUGCGGCUCUACAGAGCAACUGGCGACUGGGAUUGGUCACUUCACUUAUAAGUUUAAUGGCCAAGACAUCAUGGUUUGACACAUCCAACCAAAUCAAGGAGAUCUCGAACCCGUCCUUGUCGGCUGCACUGCACCCCAUUUUGAACGACAGGAUGAGUCUCCAUCGCAUUCGGUGCCUUUGGCUUCUAUCUUUCGUUCAAGAUAUAGGCAACUUUAUGAGCAGUUCGUCGAAUAAGAAUGGCUUGACGAACAGCACCUGCAUACAUGAGGCAGUCUUCCUGAUCCAAACCGAUAUGCAGCAACACGAGUCCAAAAACUCCCGCGUCGAAGACUGUCCAGAAGGAGAGUACAGACGCCUGGCUUGUCUUUUCUUCAUCUCUGUCAUAUUGCAAGCUUCUGUGGACAAUAACACAUAUGCAAACACAAGCCGAAGGUUCAGUGAACCUGAACUCAUCCACUCGGGCGAUGUGGCCUCGCUGGAGAAGCAUCUUCACGGAUACAUAGACCUUUGGCACAAUUCGAUAGAAGGCCUUUACAGUUGUUUGUUCCAAACGUUUGCUGUGCAGUCAGCUAGAGCCUCCAAAACUGACUACGCCCUAAACAUGGCUCAUGUUCUUGGGUCAAUGAGCAGCGAGGCUCGACAUGGUGUGCAGAGGACUCUACUUCAUUCACUGUGCCAGGGUUCAACCGACUCUAGAAAAACGUAUCAGGCUGAAUGGACACCGGAUACUUUACUAUCAACAAUCCACGGCGCUUGA